AUGUCUCCUGCACCACCCUCUGCCGCCCUUCCUGACUUGACUGGUUCAAUCAUCCAGGGGGGCAUCCAGCUCCUCUCGCUCCUCGGCGCCGGCGCGUACGGCAAGGUCUACAAGGGGCGGCGGCUCACGCCCGGGCCGGGCGAGCCGCGGUUCUGCGCGGUCAAGUGCGUGCCGCAGUACCCGCCGCACGUGACGCGCGCGCAGAUGCAGGUGCUGGAGCUGCGCCUGCACGCCGCGCUCUCGGACCUGCCGCGCGUCGUCCGGCUGCACUCGCACCACGUCGCGGAGCGCGACGCGCUCGUGUUCGUCGUGCUCGACCUCGCCGCCACGGACCUGUUCCACGUGAUGGUCGAGCGCCAACGGUUCCUGCGCCGCCCCGCCGCGAUCCGCAGGGCGAUGGGCGAGCUCAUCGACGCCGUCGAGGCGAUGCACCGCCGCGGCGUGUACCACCGCGACCUCAAGCCGGACAACAUCCUCUGCGACGCGGACGGCGCGAAUCUGCGCAUUGCCGACUUUGGCCUCGCCACGGAGCGCCAAAUCACCAUGGAUUUCGGCUGCGGGACCCGGCCCUAUAUGUCCCCAGAGUCCCUCGACCGCAACCACCCCGCCGCGGUGCACGGCGUGUCGGCCGAGAACGCCGACCUGUGGGCGGUGUCCGUCAUGUUCAUCGGGAUGGCGACGGCGCGCAUGCCGUGGGGCGCGCCCGACGCCGCCGAUGCCGCCUACGCCGCGUUCCGCGCGGACCCCGACGCCGUCCUGCAGGGCAUCCUCCGCCUCACGCCUCCCGCCGCCGCGCUCCUCGUCCGCUGCCUCGCCGAGAACCCGUGUGCCCGCGCGUCCCUGUCCGAGAUGCGCGACGCGAUCAACGCGAUCGAGCGCUUCACCCUGGACGACGUCCCGGAGCCGCUGUCCGAGACGACGGCGACGCCCCGCCCGCAGCACGCGCCCGCCGCACAGCUCUGCGCCGUCGUCUCGAGUGCCACCGGCAGCUCGGCGUCCUCGGCCUCGUCCGCCUCGUCCACCGCCUCCGCCGCGUGGCUCGCCGUCCGCGCCGCCGCCGCCGCCGCUCUCCGGCCCCGCGCCCCCGGCCACGGCGCCGGCGCACGUGCCCUCCCCGUCCGCGCGCGCGCGCACCCCGGCCUCGCGCUCAACACCGCGCUUGUGCGCCGCCGCUCCGAGGACGCGCCGCCGUCGGUCGACCUCGCGGGCGCGCUGGACUUUGACAACUGGCCCGUCCCGCCGCAGCACGUGCCUGUUCCCGUCGCCAAGGCCCCCGUGCCCGUCGCUGUGAACGCCCACGUCGACCCCGCCAACCUGCUCGCGGUGCCCGGCCGGCCCGGCGCGCCAAGCUCCGGCUCCGCGUCCGCGUCCUCCGGCUCCGUGUACCUCUCCGCGUCCGACUCGCCGUGGGACGGCUCUAACGCCAGCGCCAGCGUCAGCGCGUCCUCUGUGCCGACGAGCGCCACCGGCUCGUCGUCCGACGUCGCUUCGGCGCGCUCCGCUGACAAGGCCGGCGCCGCACCCCCGCUGUGGGACCGCUUCGCUCCGCCCGCCGCCGUACCGGGUCUCGGUCUUGGCCUCGGUCUCGGCCGUACGUCCCCGCCGCGUCGCAUCAUGAAGAUCUACCGCCGCCCAGCCCCCGGUCCGGCACCCGCACCUCCGCCGAUCGCGCGUCCCGCCGCCCCGGCGUUCUCCAGGCCUUCCUCUGUCGCCCCCCCCUGUCGCCUCGCCUCCUGCGGCCUCUCAGGCCGUGCCCGCGCUGUUCAUGCCGCGCCCGCGCCGCCUGCCCGUCCCGACGCCUAUGGAGUACGACGUGGCCAUGCCCCCCAAGGCCCCCGCGGCGGCCAAGGCCCCCGCGGCUGCCUCGUCCUCCCACUCGUCAGCUUCGCACUCGCUGUCGUCCUCGGUGUCGUCCAUGGCGUUUGCGUCGCCGUCGCCGUCCCCGCCGCCCAGCCCGCCCCCGCUGCAGCGCCCGCCUGCGGCGUACUACAAGCCGGCGACCGGCGCGUACCGCCCGCGCCCGCGCUCGGCCCCCGGCCACGCGCACGACCAUGCGGCGGCGGUCCCGAUGAUGCCGCCGCCCCCGCCGGCGCCCGUCACGGGUGGUAG